CAACUGGUAGGCAAACUGUGAGAAACUUACAUGUUAUUUAGAAAGUAGUUAAAUUCUCUCUCUCAUAUAUAUAUAUGAUAUAUAUAUAUAAAUAUUAUAUAUAUAUAUAUAUGUAACAGUAUUAGCAAUUCAGCUGAGCAACAGAAGAAAAAAAAUUAACUGACAAAAUGAGCUUCAUAUUCUGGCACAAUCAAAGAUGACUGGGAGAGUCAAAGCCUGGGAUAUGUAUCAACUUCAUCACUUUGAGUCGUUUCGGCAUAUUCUUAAUUGUCUUCUGCUGCUGAUGAUCCAAAAGGAUAUAUUUUGUUGUCCAUCAGUUUGCCAGCAAUGUACAGGCAGACAAGCUGACUGUUGUAAUUCAGGUCUUUCAUUUAUCCCAAAUAAUUUUCCACAGAAUACUUUAUUUCUGUACUUAAGUGGCAAUAAUAUAUCACACAUAAAUCCAAACACACUGAUAGGCCUCCAGCAGCUGCUUGUGCUACACUUGGAUAAUUCUAGCAUUUUAUAUGUAUAUCCAAAGGUAUUUGCUGAACUGAAAAAAUUAUGGUAUCUACAGCUGAAUAAUAAUCAUAUAAAAUAUUUGUAUCCUGGAACAUUUGAAGGACUUUCAAAUCUUCAUUCUUUAUAUCUGCAGAAUAAUGAAAUUGCCUUUGUUUCUAGAGGAUUAUUUAGUAACCUUGCUUCAGUUUACUAUCUAAUGCUUCAAAACAAUUGCCUCAGGAUCCUUGGUAGCCGCAUUUUCUUUGGCAUGAUUAAUCUCCGGAUUCUUAAUCUAGCAAACAAUAAGAUUUCACAGAUAUCAGAAACAGCAUUCCAUCACCUUGAUAAUCUUACAAGUUUGUACCUCGAAGGAAAUAAUUUAACAUGUGUGCCAUCCACUGCGCUUCUAGUGUUGAGGAAACUUCAAAGACUUUCAUUGUCACUAAACCCUGUUGGGUCAAUUCCUCCUUUUGCAUUUAAAGGACUUAGCAAGCUUGAAUAUCUGUUUUUAAAAAGUGCAAAAAUAAACACUAUUAAUGCAAAUGGCUUUUCAGGGCUGGUUAAUCUUAAGAAGCUAGUUUUGAGCGAUAAUAAUUUAGUAAAAAUCAAUUCCCAUACUUUCUCACUGUUGGAUCAUUUAAUGUUUCUGCAUCUUGACAGAAACAAAAUAAUUGAUAUUGCAGAUAAUACAUUUGAAGGAAUGGGAUCCUCUUUGAAGAUACUCAAUCUAGCAUUCAAUAAUCUUACAUUUUUACAGCCUACAGUGCUCAAGCCUUUGGUUUCUUUAACUCACUUACAGGCAAAUUACAACCCUUGGAACUGUAGCUGCAGAUUACAUAGAUUGAUGAAUUGGCUAGCAUCUUCUUCUGUCUCCAUAAAACUCCAUUGCCAAAGUCCUUCCAAUUUGCAUGGAAAGUAUAUGAAUUAUGCUAACUUGCAUUUGUUUAGAAAUUGUUUCAACAGUAGAAGUCCUGAAAUUUUCAAGAACAAUAAAUCUGCAGGAAUCCAUCAGAGCUUUACUACUUCAUUAAUGGCACAAAGUAAACACCCCACAACUAAUACAGUUAAAGAACAGUUGAACUUUAAUGCAAAUACAGUGACUUCAUUGGCAAAAGUAUCCUCUACAUCUGCUUAUCAAAAUAUCUAUGAAGAACAUUCUAGUAGGAAGCCAAAACAGGAACAAAUAGCAACACAGAAGAUACCUGCUAAUUUGACCAUGAAAGAAAAUAAAGUACUAUAUCCUGAAGCUGUUUCUAGAUCAUUUAAAACAUCACCGAUUUGUGCACAGCAGGUAGAGAAACUAAAGCAGGCUUUUGACAUUUUAUUAACCUUUUUCAUCUUGGCCUGUUCUGUGAUCAUCUUUUUGUUCUACAAAAUCAUUAAAUUGAAACAGAAAUGCAGUGUACAAAAGAACUCUGACAAUGCAAUAGAAUACUAUGGCUUUUAUCAGGCUGGUAGUUACAAUGUUACUGUACCCCAGAAUCCACUGGAAAAUUCUGAAUUGGACCAUGUUCAACUUUCUAAACCAACAGCCCUUGAAAACCAAGCACAGGUUAUCUUAUUUGAACAUUCAGCGCUUUAAUACACUCAUCACAAAUUUUCUUUUCGCAUGUAUAAAAGCCCAAAUAGUAACAGUAUGUGAAAUUUGUAAAUAAAAGUUUAACUAAUGAUGUUGGGGUGGGAGGUUGAAUUGAAGCUAAUUUUUUUGCAAACCUUAUAUUUUGCUCUAAUUUUAAUAUCUGCAUUUUAAUUAUUAUAAAUGUAUUUUAUCUGUAAUUAUUCAAUUUUAAUUGACCUGCCUGUAGAAAUUAUUCAUUAAUAAUUAAUGUUAUUUUAUGUUUAG